UAUGCUAAUAAAAGUAAAAACACGCUACUUAACAGCUACACUAAGGAUAAGUUUAAGCAGCUCUGUAGUAAGCUCUUGUCUUUAGUAACAGUAAAGUGUUACUUCUAUACACUAGUUAAUCUUAUGCUAGGCUACUAUAUGCUUAUGUGUAGAGGUAACUGCUGUUUUAUAGAGAUUUUAGACCUGUUUACUUUUAAGUUUAAAAUAGAAAGCCUUACACACUACAUGCCUUUAAUAUUUACUACUUGUGUAAGUAAGUAG